GGUGCCGGGGGCAGGAUUUAAGGCAGCGGCAGCACGUGCGCCGAGCCCCAGGAGGAGCCGGAGCUGCGACCCGCUCGGCUCCGGGAAUGGCGCGGAGAGGCCGCCCCUGGUGUCCGGCCCCCGAGCCGGUGGGCUCGCGCGGGCCCUGGCCGCUUCAGACCCUGGCGGUCUCUCUGCAGGUCUCCGGGCCCCGCUCUGCCCCGGGCCCGUCAGGCUGCGGCAAGCGCGGCCAGGCGCCGCCCCACAAGAAGAAAGGGAAACCGGAGCAGCCGAAGUCCUGGGGUGCCUCCAGGAAGGACUGUGAAGCCCAGGGGGGAAAACCUUUGCCAGAUGUCACAGAGGGGUCUCUACGGACCCUCGUAGAACCAAGUGUGCCCCUCUGCUGGGAGAGGAGGACGAGCUCUGGCUCCUGUGGGCUCACCUCCGGGACCCCCUGUGAUAAGGCCUGCCCUGGUCUCUGCCAGGAGGACGUCCUGCUCUGGCUGAAGGACUUCAACCCUCAGCACGUCAAGAGAGGCCAACCUGGGUUCAAGAGCAACGUGCCUGUUGGCUUCAGCUGCCCAGAGCAGGCACAGUGCAUGGUCCAGCCACUUGGCAACUGCACCAGGAUCCUGGGCAACACCGACAUGGGGAACAGCAUGAGGGGCAUGGCAUGGCCGAGGAGUCAGCUGGAAAUGCCGGCUCUGGAGAAAAUUCCUGAGGGAGAGCUGGGGCUGAGCAGUGGAAUUGGGCCUCAGCACCUGCUGCAGCCCCAGCAACAGACUGCUCCCCAUGCAGUGAAGCAUGAGCAGGUUCGAUACGCUGUUCCUAUGGAAAUGAGAGGCUCCUUCCUGGUGCUCAUGCUGCGGGACUGCUACAAGGACCUGAGCUGGCUGGCUGUGAUAGCCAAGACCUACGGAGAUGUGGGGCUGCUGGUGACUGACUGCCUGCCACAGACACCCUACUUCUGGGCCAUCCACCUCACAGAGGAGCGUCACCUCCACAUGCAGCAGUUGCUCGGGGCCCUGGCACAAGCAGAGAAGCAGCAGCCCUACCUGGCCAAGCAGAAGGUGAAGCGUGGGACCCGCUGCCUGGCCCAGUGUGUCCUGGGGGCUGACAGCAGAGCCUGGAACAGGUGCUGGGUGCUGGAUAAGGUGGAGGACCUGGCCGUGGUUUUUUUUGUGGACUUUGGCUGCUCAGCCACCAUCCCAGUGAGCUCUCUGCGGCAGCUGGACGACGAUGAUUUCUGGGCCAUCUGGCCAUUGGCGCAGCCAUUCAUGUUCCAGAAAGCGAUUCUGCCGCCAAGAUGCAUUGUCCAACAGGUGCUGAGAGGGGAGGUCGUCGGCCCCUCUCCAACAGAGCCUCACAUCCUGCAGUUCGCUGUCUGCAUAGGGGACUAGUAGGCAGCUCCUGUUCAAUCUGCAGCGAUGCCCAGUCUUCCAGGCAGGUGCAGCCUCUGGAAUGAGAGACCGGAGCCCUGGCACCAGGAGGGAGCUCUGGGUGUGGGGGGAACUUGCUGUAACUCAUGUUUCAUUUAAAAUAAAUAAAUAAAAUUAAAGUC